UGCGAUUCUCUCUAAUAUCUCUCUCUUCUAUAUACCAUACACACUCUUCAUUUUCUCGCUUUAAAGUGUUACCAAAAAUGGAGAAAAAAUUCAUAGAACACAAAACUGUUACCAAAAAGCUUGUGAAACCUGGUUUCAUGUCUUCUUCUUUCAUACCAAAAACAAUAAGAGUCACUGUUACUGAUAAUGAUGCCACUGAUUCUUCAAGUGAAGAUGAAGGUUUCAAGAAUGGUUUUGUUCAAAUAACAAGAAAAUCAGUGAAAGAGAUUAGGUUUCAAGAAUGUUCUACUCUUGCUAACAAGAACAACAAAAAGAAACCGGCGGUGUGUACUUCUGGUACCUCUUUGUACGAGACAAAAAACAAGAAUGGUGUUGUUGGUGAAUGUUGUUUGAAACAAGACAAUAAUAAUAAGGAUAAAGAUAUAAAGAAUGUUGUUCAUCAGAAGUUUCGCGGGGUUAGACGUCGGCCGUGGGGGAGAUGGGCGGCCGAGAUUCGGGAUCCUCGUCUUCGAAGGAGAAAAUGGUUAGGUACUUUUGAUACUGCUGAAGAAGCUGCUUUGGUUUAUGAUAGAGCUGCAAUUGAUUAUAGAGGUGCUGAUGCUGUUACAAAUAUUAUCAAACCACCACAAAAACAUCAACAACAACAACAACAACAACAACAGAAAACAUUAUCAAAGAAUGUUUGUAACAAAAAUGUUAAUGUUGUUGAUGUUAAUGAUUGUGUUGAGUCUGAUACUAACAAAGAAGAAUGUAAUGGUAGUUCAUCUUGUUCAUCUGGUAUUGAAAUUUGGAGUGAAAAGAUGAAUGAUCAAGAAUGGAUUAAAGAAAUAAGUGGAGAGAAAUAUUUGGAUUUGGAUGAUGGUUUUAUGUUUGAUGAUUCAUUUGGUUCUUAUAAUGAACCUGUUAUUACUACAAUGGUUUCUAAUGAGAGUGAAUGCAUUAUUGAUAAUAUUCCUUUUCAUCUUGAAGAAGAUUUUGAAUCAUGUAAAUGGGAAGUUGAUAAUUACUUCAAUGAUACUUUGUCAAUGCAUUGA